AAAUGAAACAACCACGAUCAUAUUCCCGGUCACAUAAAUAUAUUUUGUUUACCUAUUAUUACCUGUAUACUCAGCCGUAACUUUUUGCUAAUGUUUUAUUUUAGUAUGGAAAUAAAAAACUUUAUUAAUAUUAUCAUUAGAUUGAAAUAAAUUUUGUAAGAGAAUGGUUUUUUUUUAAUAAGAAGACUGAUAUAAAAAAAUUAAUUAAUAACUUUUCGAAAAUGAAAAUGACAAUAAUACUAAAUAUUCAAGUGUACUUACUUAUUUAUUUCGCUGUUUUACAUACUGAAGGAACGCACAAUAAAAAAGUAAACGCGGCUAUCAUAAAUAAUUUUCUAUGUCAACCAGGAUGGAAUAAUAUAAAUGAUGUCGAAUUUAUUAGUUAUUGGGGAAAAAUCUAUGAACUGGAAAAUUUAUUUAUUAAACCUGUAACAUUAUAUAAUUGCGAUAAUUGCAUACGGCAAGCAACGAUAUUUCUUGGAUGUUCUUACGCUCAUGAUUUAAAUUCAAUACUCUUAUCAUUAAUUAAAUUUCAACAACAUUGUUCUGAUCUAUUGAAUUCUGGCGAUGAUAGUGCGUAUAAUUGUACAGUCACACUUUUAACACAAAUGAUAGAAAUUGUUCCAAUGGCAAAAUUUAUGAAAGGAGCUUUGUAUGUAAUAGAAAAAUAUCAUACUAUUCCCUUGAACACUCAAAAAAGAACCCGUUUUAUUUUAAGCAGUAUACUAACAAAUAUACAGAAAGACGAAACUUUAUUGACUACGUUGACGUUCAGUUCGGAUUCUAUUAGAGAUGUAUUAGUGACUAUCGCGUCAAUAUUAUUCGCAAGACGUCUUGAACUUGAUGAAGAAAAGUUAUUUUGUCAACUAAAAUAUUUAGAUUUUAAUUCAUUGUGGGAUUUAUGGAAUAUGGAAUUUAAUAAAUUAAGAUAUCAAGGAAAAAACCAAGAACUUUUCAUUUUUCUAAGUGAUAAAAUUAAAAAUUUAAUUUUAACGACAAUCAUGAAAAAGUAUAUUGAACUUGGAUUUAAAUAUGAUUGGAACACAAGUCAGACUUUUUUACCUGCUCUACCACCUACCAAUGUCAAGCAUAAUACCGCACAAAAUAUUUCAAAACAUUUUAUACAAAAUACCAGUAAAGUAGAUACGCAAGAAGCAAAUCAGCAACAUGAUAUUACAAAGUACCAUUCGAUACAUACCAAUGAUACAGAGAAACAAGAAGGCAUUAAACAAAAAAGAAGCAAUUUACUCAUUCAUAAUACUUUGUCCAUUAUGUAUGGAAACUACAACAUUUUCUCGGCAAAGCCAAAAUUUUAAAUCAUAUUCUAUACAUUAUCAUUAUAAAACGCUUUAAUUGUAUGAACUAGUUGUAGACAAUAAAAUAAGUAUAAAUGAGAUAUAUAAUAAGUAAGAAGAAGUUACAUAAAAUUAGAAUAAAUGCUCUUUAAUUUUUAAUCAUUAUAUAAUAUAUAACCGACUAUUUUCUGUAU